CAUGAAAGUAUGAAAGUAUGUGGCUACUCGAAACAAUAAGUACACUAUAUAUAUAUUCAUUCAAAAUUUCAUAUCAUCAUUGUAUCAAUUUCAUAUAAUACGUAUUUUCUUAUAAUUCCAAUAAUAAAGGAACGCCCUAUGUUGAAAACGAAGAAAAUCGAGCCGAACGAAAUCUAUUUAACCGGCCGAUUGAAUUAAUAUAACUUCUUAAUUCUCACGCGAGAUGGCACAUUAUUUUGCGCAACAACCUAACCUAAGGUUUAUUUACUCCUAUUGAGUCAUAUCGAAUCGUAUUACGAUAAAGGAAAUUAUUGUAAAUAAUUUUUUGUAAAAGCACGCGCACAAAAUGUCAUUAGUGGAUUUAGGUUUCGUUGAAAAAUGUCAACCAUGGCGAUUGGAAAGUAGAUUUUUUCCAAGUAAAGUAGGUGGUAGACCAGCUUGGUUAAAUUUAAAGAAUAUACCCAGAAAAGAGGAUCUUGAAUGCGAAUAUUGUAGAAAUCCUUGCAUUUUCCUAUGUCAAAUUUAUGCUCCAUACGAAGAGGAUAAUGAUGCAUUUCAUAGAACAUUGUAUGUAUUUAUAUGUAAAGACCCAAGUUGUUGUAAAAUAAACGAAAAUGGGAAUUUAAAGGUUCUGCGCUCCCAACUAAAUAGAUUCAAUCCCUUUUAUCCUUCGGAACCACCUGUAGAAGAAGAAGAUUGGAAAACGGAUAUUACUAUCGAUGCUUGGUGCAAAACUUGUUGUGUUUGUGGAAUCGCAGCACCAAAUCAUUGUUCAAAGUGUAAAAUUACAAAUUAUUGUUGUCGCAAUCACCAAGUCUAUGAUUGGAAACAGUAUCAUAAACAUAAUUGUGGUAAUAAUGUGAAUGCAAAUAAUAGCUAUCUAUUUCCUGAAUAUGAGCUAGUAAUAGAGACAGAAGAAAUUAUAGAGACUGAGGAUGACGAGGAUUGUAGCGAGAUAGAAGAAAAAGAAUUGGCAAAAUACAAAUCUAUGGCACAACUUAAAGAAACAGGAUGCAUUCAAGGUGAAAAGGAUACAGAAGAUUUAUCAAGAAUGGCAAAUCCCGAGGAAGACGAAGUAUUUGCUCUAUUCCGUACAAGAAUCGAGCAAAAUCCGGAACAAGUUUUAAGAUAUGAACGAAAUGGCCAAAUUUUGUAUAUUUCAGGUAGUACAAAAAUUAAAGAUGUUCCAAAAUGUUCUCUAUGCGGCGGAGAAAGACAAUUUGAGUUUCAAAUCAUGCCUCAAUUGUUGAAUUUCCUUAAUUACAAAGACGUUAUUAAUUCUUUAGAUUGGGGUAUACUUGUUAUAUUUACUUGUAAAAAAUCUUGUAUGCCAAAAGAAGAAUAUGCAAUAGAAUAUAUAUGGAAGCAAGAUAUCCUACCGGAUAAGGUUGACAAUUCGUCUGUAAAUAAAGAUGAUUCUACAUGAGUUGCA